UGUAGCAAUUGUGGGGAGCAAAGUGUUUGGAGCCGGGGCUGGAGAAGCGACGACCUGGAGGCUCCAUAUAACCACUGCCCUGGAGCUGCAGGCACUGGACAUCGAGGAGCCACACCACCAGGCACUGAUCACCGCCAUCCAGGGUCAGGUUACAGGGACUUGAGGAGCUGAAACAGAAACAGCAACUAACUUUGAGACUUAAACCCUGGCCAUAUUUGCUGACUAUAUCCCCCUCCCCUUCCGCAGGCUGUACUGUGCUGUCGGGUAGUGAGUGUAUCGAUGCAUUCACUAUCGUAUUAAAUGUACAUGGGCCGACAGGAACUUCUCCAGCCGAGGGUGACUGAAGUGUGAAGCGUCAAAGUUUGUAUUUUGCUGUCACAAAGAGCAUCCCUUUUAAAUUUGAAUCCUCCAAUCAAUUUGGCACAGUUUGAUGCUGCCAUUUAUUUGGACACGCCCAUUGAAAGAAUAAAGUUGCAGUUUUAAUUGCUGGAAACACACAGUAUCUGUGGCAAGCGAAACUAAGUUAGCCUUUCAGGAGAGAUAAAGUUGCAAGAUGUCAUGACACCGAUCAACAUGGACCAUGGGCUGUCCUUCCAUUCCCCAGACUCUACACUAUCUAAGUUAACUGGUACAAGUUAUGGGAAUGGCUGUUGUUCCCAGGGCUCCACCCAAUUUCCCAGCUCUGUCCUCUAUAGAGGUAUAAAUUACCAGUCAGCAUCAGAGGCUCUGGAAGCUUAUAUUGACAAUUUUGAAAAUAAGCUGUCAUCUCCGUAUCAUGCAAACAAACUACAUUCGGAAAGCAGCUCCAAACUGUUUUCCACUUCUCCCCACAACAGAGAAGAAGUUUUUAGGCAGCAACAUUCCUUCAGAGGUUUGGAUUUUUUCAGUCGACCUUUGCAGAGGCGGAUAGAUAGUGAGCCGGAUCUCAUGAGCCUCACCACUGACGAUCUUGUGAAUUUGCCACCGGACGGCUCCCUACCACUGACUCGAGCCUCCGCACGACGUUGUUGGACAGACACCAAACAGCAUUUGGGAACCCGAUCGAAACACAACUCGCACGCGGCGUUAAAGCCACCUUCAGUAUCUUAUGAGGACUGGCAACGCAGGAACAAUGACAGUUUUGCAUUGUCUUCUAGGAAAGCUUGUGAUGAGCCAUUAAAUAGGACUGCCAGUCUCAAACCUUCUCGAAUUCUGCAUUCAAUGAGGGGGGCAAGCUCAGGAGGUGAAUAUGAGGCCCCUUUUGUUCCUGGAGGCCCUUCUUUGAAAAGCUGUCGAUUUGGAGACCGCAAACUUAAUUCUCCUUCCCGGCAGAAUUAUCCGAGAUGGCUAACCAGCCAAAAAUCAGAGCUGGGUGUUUCUGGAAUAAGCAGCAUUCCUGAGCUGAAGUACCCCGGCUGGCUUCAAGAUUGUGACCUUGGCUCGGAUUUAAAUGACCCGGUUGCACUGAAUGGAAAUCCCCGGGACACUCAUUGUGAGACUGAGCUUGUAGACUUCAAGUUACACUCCAGUGCUGCUAAAUGUAUGCCAAGGCAUGAACAUUUUGCCCAUUACUCACACAGUGACGAUCAAGAGUUUCACAACCACAUUCGACGGCCAGGCACUCGUGACUUUUUACAAAGGUCACCUUGGCACAGGCUGCACUCUGCAUUAACCCAGUGUCCUACUGAAGCGGUGGAGGAUUCCCGCGGCAGUAAACCUUUCAGAGAAGAGCACAUUGAUUUGCUAAUCCAGAAGGCCGAAUAUGUUCUCGAUGCACUUUCGCAGCAAGUGAGGAGCCAACAAGAGAACCCUGGCAGUCCUGGUACUGAAGAGGUCCUGGAUGCUGAUCGAUCUUGGGACAAUCCACCAAUUACUUUCAAAUCCCCAGUGCCUGUAGGCGACAGUGGAGAAGAUUGUUUUGAUGUGUCUAACCCUGCUCAGGACAAUGACAUUCACCAUGGCCACUUUAAUACUUACAAUCAGAAAAAUCAUCCGGGCUCAUCAGGAGUUUCUGGAAGAAAGCACCAUGGGCCAGUUGAAGCACUCAAACAGAUGUUGUUCAGUUUGCAAACAGUGCAACAAGGAUUUGACGAGGAACCCACCGAACAGCAGGAAGAGAUACCUGAAAACUUUACAUCUCAAACCCAGAGCCUGGAUUUUGAAGAGGCACCUGGCAGCAAGUCAUUACAAAGAAGACCAACUGCAAAGCACUUGAUUGACAUUAGGCCCUUUGGGAAGUUGUAAAAUUUUAUGUGAAAGGCACUACUUAAUGGCUCUCAGCCAUCUGAAACACCUGAAGGGGCUUGUUGAUGAUAUUGGUCGCAAGAAGAAUAAAGAACCAGGGAGCUAUCAAUAUGAUUGAUAAGCUACCUGGGAGAACAUUUCAUAGUACAAUAUUUAUAUUGUGUACUUUAAUCAAAUAAAUGUUUUACAUAUUAAUUGUUAA